AUGUCCCAGAUCGUUUGCGAAAUUCAUGGGGAACGUGGAUUUCGUUCAGCCAUACGGAUCAUAUUUGCACCGCUGGCGAAACAUGGCGAGGACAACAUUACGGCACCAGCUGUCAGUCGUACCUCACUCGUUUCGGUCGAAAUGAUUUGCCGUUUUCCGGAAGCGAUCAUCGGAGGAAUUGGCAGUCAGAAGAAUCGAAUGAAGAACGGCUAUCCAAACAGGCGCGACGCGUUGCAACCCCAUGAAACCGUCGAGCCAGUCGGAAAGGGACAGAUCCCCUCAAGACAGCUUCGACGACGUCGUGACGUGAACGCAUGUGCCAUAGUAGGACUGGUCUUGUGGGUCACCAGCGUAUUCACCGACCAACCGGUAAAUGUGACCACCUGGAUUCAGGGAAAAUUUGUCCCCUUUCCCAAUGACUGCAUAGUUGGCGUUGUGAUCGUAAGAAGUACCACAUCAUUAACCGCGGGUUUGGAUAAAUACCGCGGGCAACAGCUUGAAGAAUAUGACAGCAAGGAAACUAAUGAACUACGUGUGACGUUAUCAUCCUACGACCGGUUUCUUACCAGUGCUUGUGUGAAGUGUUCCGGUGGUCUCGAAUUAGUACAUACAUGGCUAGAGGGACCGGUGGAUAAAUUUAUGUCCACUUGUGGAGUGAAUUCUACCCAACUAGGUAUGAAUACCUCCUCGGAGGAUCGCUAUGCGGUAAAAGAACAACUGAUGAAAGAUUCACGCGGAAGGAGCAACGCACCACGUCAACCUCAGUUGUCCGAUUCACAUAAGUUGGAAGAUAGCAGCCUUCUACAAACUGUCCCUUGGCGUGCGGGACAUCGCACGGCAACCGGAUCACUAUCUCCAUCGUGA